AUGACCGUCAAAAAAGGCACAAUAUAUGGUCUACUCGGCGCGUCAGGCUGUGGAAAAACGACUCUGCUCUCCUGUAUAGUGGGAAGACGAAAACUGAACAGCGGAGAUAUAUGGGUACUGGGGGGGAAACCAGGGACGAAAGGCUCUGGAGUGCCAGGCAAAAGAGUGGGAUACAUGCCACAGGAAAUAGCUCUGUAUGGAGAGUUUACUAUCAAGGAGACGAUGAUGUACUUCGGCUGGAUCUUCGGCAUGGAGACCAGGGAGAUCAUAGACCGGCUUCGGUUUCUCUUGGACUUCUUGGAUUUGCCCAGUGAGAACAGGAUGGUCAAGAAUUUGAGUGGCGGUCAACAGCGAAGAGUGUCAUUUGCGGUGGCGCUGAUGCACGACCCUGAGCUUUUGAUCUUAGACGAGCCAACCGUGGGCGUGGACCCACUGCUGCGUCAGUCCAUCUGGACCCACUUGGUGCGGAUCACCAGUUCCGGUGAUAAGACUGUCAUCAUCACCACGCAUUAUAUUGAGGAGGCGAGGCAGGCUCAUUGUAUCGGUCUGAUGCGCAGCGGCCGCUUACUGGCGGAGGAUCCUCCACAGGCGUUGCUCAGGAUGUACAAUUGCAUUUCUUUAGAAGACGUCUUCCUCAAACUGUCCAGGAAGCAAGGUCAAGGCAACCAAGUGCCAGAAAUAACAGUGUCCGGCGGAGGCCUAGGGCUCAACAAGAUGUCGAAACGGGAAGAGGCGCCGUACGCGAAUGAAGACGCCCAAGUCAUCGGGCUCAACUUCCAUCAGAGCAAGGAGAUUCUCAUCGUGGAUAACGGUGUGGGGUCCAAUGGAGAUCUUCCAGGGAAAAUAUCUGAAGCCGCGUCAGACUGCACUGACUGCGCGGGACGAUUUAGCUUUACAUCUCGAGGCAAGAUCAAGGCGCUGAUACAAAAGAACUUCCUGCGGAUGUGGAGAAAUAUCGGAGUGAUGCUGUUCAUCUUUGCGCUGCCCGUGAUGCAGGUCAUCCUCUUCUGCCUGGCCAUCGGCAGAGACCCCAGCGGACUUAAACUGGCGAUAGUGAACCACGACGUGAAUGUCUUCGACGGAUAUUGCCCCUACAACGCGUCUUGCUCUAUGAAGAACCUGUCUUGUCGAUACCUGGAUAACUUGAAGAACGGCUCCAUCAUCAAGAACUAUUACGCCGAUCUGGAGGAUGCGAAACACGCGGUGCGGGAGGGGGACGCCUGGGGGGUCAUUUACUUUAACGAGAAUUACACGGAUUCCCUCGUGGCUCGGUUGGCCCUCGGCGACACGGCUGACAACGAGACAAUAAUGUCCUCGGAAAUAGAAGUGUGGCUCGACAUGUCCAACCAGCAGAUCGGGCUCAUGCUCAGUCGAGACAUCCAGUUCUCGUAUCGGGACUUUGCCAAGGGCCUCCUAUCGACGUGCAACUACAAUCCGAAAGUGGGCGACAUCCCCAUAGAUUUCAAGGACCCCAUCUACGGAGAUACAAAUCCUUCCUUCACUGACUUCGUCGCGCCUGGUGUUAUUCUUACGAUUGUAUUCUUCUUGGCCGUGGCGUUGACCUCGUCAGCUCUGAUCGUGGAGAGGACGGAAGGUCUGUUGGAUCGGUCGUGGGUGGCCGGGGUGUCUCCCGGGGAGAUCCUGUUCUCGCACGUGGUCACCCAGUUCGUGGUGAUGUGCGGGCAGACGGCGCUGGUGCUCAUCUUUAUGAUCCUCGUGUUCGGAGUCAAGUGUAACGGAAACAUAGCGUUCGUCGUCAUGUUGACGCUGUUGCAAGGUCUGUGCGGUAUGUGCUUCGGUUUCGUGAUUUCGGCGGCCUGCGAGCUCGAAAGGAACGCGAUCCAGCUCGCCCUCGGCUCCUUUUACCCCACUCUCCUCCUCAGUGGAGUCAUCUGGCCCAUCGAGGGCAUGCCCUGGAUCCUCCGAUACGUGUCCCUCUGUCUACCGUUGACUCUCGCGACGUCCUCCCUUCGGUCCAUCUUGACCCGGGGCUGGCCCAUAACUGACCCCGACGUGUACAUGGGUUUCGUUUCCACUAUAUCGUGGAUAUCUCUCUUCUUAGUUCUCACUCUAACCAUAUUGAGGUUCAAACGGGGUUAA